AACCUCAUAAAGAAGAGAAAGAUGUCAAGAAACCACUUAAAGAAAUGACAGAAGGAAAGAAGCCUCUCAAAGAAGAAAAGGAAGCCAAGAAAGAAUCUAAGGGAAAAAAAGAGGUCACAAAACUUCUUAAAGAAGAGGAACAAAUGAAAAAACCUCCCAAAGAAGAGAGAGAAGAGAAGGAAUUUCCCAAAGAAGUGAAAGCACAGCCGAAAGAAGACAGAGAAGAGAAGGAACCUUCUAAAGCAGAGAAAGAACGCAAACCUCCUAAAGAAGAGUUGAGAGACACUAAGAUAGACACUAGACCCAAAAGAGCUGUAAGGAGGGUUGUAAUAGUCAAGAGAAAGGUUGCACCUGUCCUGAAGAAGGAACAUCUUAAUGUUACAAAAGCAGAAGUUCCAAAGGAAAAGGUCAAAGUAGCUCCAAAGGAAAAGGUCAAAGAAGCUCCUAUCAAGAAAGAGGCUGCUGCACCAAAGGAAAAGGCCAAACCAGUCAUCUUGCACAAAGAACAAGAAGGCCCUGGCAGAAAUGUCUCUCUGGUGAAAGAGAGAGUCAAAGUAGUGCCUAUGAGGAGAGCUGAGGUUUUAAAACAGAAGCCCAAACCAGUCCUAAGAAAAAAAGAACCUGCUCCACUCAAGGCAAAACCAGUCCCAGUAGUGAAAGCUGAGGAGCCUAAGAAGCUUGUAAUGGUGGUCAAAGCUGCUAAAAAGCAGAUAGCUCCUAUUCUGAAAAAGGAACAUACCAAUAUUACAAAAACAGUCGUUCCCGAAGUUCCUAAGUUGAAAGCCAAACCACAACCGGUAAAGAAAGUGGCAGCUCCUGAGGGACCCAAGAAGGAACAGAAGCAGAAAAUCAAAGCUAAACCUGUAAAACCAGAUAUUGAUGCAGUGAAGGGAAAGGAGAAACCAGCCCCUGCAAAGAAAGCUGAUAUUUCUGAACCAAAGCCCAAACCAACGCCUGUUCAGAAAGAUGCUGAAGUUACCAAAGAAAAAGCCAAACGAGCUCCUUCAACAAAGGAAGUUCCAAAGGAAAAGGUCAAAGAAGUUCCAAAGGAAAAGGUCAAAGAAGCUCCUAUCAAGAAAGGUAACACACACAUAGUAUUUGUUUACAAGCCAUAA